AUGACAGAAGGAGAUUUGCCCAGAUCACCGGAUGAUUUGCCCAAAUCAACAGGAAAUCUGCCCCAAUCAACCAGUAGACAGCAGGCUGAGACAAAGACAGAAAGUGCACCAGAUCUGAAGCCUCUGCCAGAUCAUCUCAAAUAUGCCUACUUGGGGGCUGGAAAUACACUCCCAAUAAUCAUUUCCAACCAGCUCAGCCAAGAAGAAGAGGAAAAGCUCCUUGAUUUGUUGAAAAAGCACAAGAAGGCAAUUGGGUGGACCUUGGAGGACAUCAAAGGCAUAUCACCCUCAACAUGCAUGCAUCGAAUACAUAUGGAGGAUGAGUGCAAACCUGUUCGUGAGGCACAGAGGAGGCUGAAUCCACCCAUGAUGGACGUUGUGAAGAAAGAAAUAGUAAAGCUCUUAGACAUUGGGGUCAUCUACCCAAUUUCUGACAGUAAAUGGGUGAGUCCCAUCCAUGUGGUGCCAAAGAAGACUGGGAUUACCAUUGUCCCUAAUUCUGAAGGAGAGCUAGUACCCACUCGAGUACAAAAUGGGUGGAGAGUUUGCAUGGAUUAUAGGAAACUCAACACAGCCACAAGGAAGGAUCACUUUCCCUUGCCCUUCAUGGACCAAAUGCUUGAGAGACUUGCUGGAAAGAGCCAUUACUGCCUCCUUGAUGGAUAUUCAGGCUUCUAUCAAAUCCCUGUUGCACCUGAAGAUCAAGAGAAGACCACCUUCACAUGCCCAUUUGGCACCUUCGCAUUUAGGAGGAUGCCCUUUGGCCUUUGCAAUGCACCAGCCACUUUCCAAAGGUGCAUGAUGAGCAUCUUUUCUGACUAUGUGGAGAAGAUUAUUGAAGUCUUUAUGGAUGAUUUCACGGUGCAUGGCAACUCAUUCCAUGAAUGCCUAGCCAACUUGGAGAAAAUACUUCAAAGGUGGAUUGAGGUGGACAAAGCUAAAAUUGACACCAUCAAAAAUCUGCCCUACCCAACCAGCAUUAGGGAAAUUAGAUCAUUCCUUGGACAUGCUGGUUUUUACAGGAGGUUUAUCAAGGAUUUCUCCAAGAUAACUCAGCCCUUGUGCAGGUUGUUACAGCAAGAUGUGCCAUUCGAGUUUGAUGACAACUGCAAAACAGCUUUUGAUUUGGUCAAAUCACUACUGAUUUCUGCCCCAGUCAUCCAGCCACUUGAUUGGACUCUCCCAUUUGAGAUCAUGUGCGACGCCAGCAACUUUGCUGUAGGAGCGGUGUUGGGACAGCGUAUAGGUAACUCUCCUCAUGUCAUUCACUAUGCCUCACGUACCUUAGAUGCUGCACAAUGCAACUAUUCUACCACAGAAAAAGAGUUGCUGGCUGUUGUGUUUGCAUUGGAGAAGUUUUGGUCCUAUCUACUUGGGACAAAGGUGAUUAUUCCGGGUAUUACAAUUAUCUACUCAGAUCAUGCGGCACUAAGGUAUUUAAUCAAGAAAAAAGAGUCCAAACCUAGGCUGGUGCGAUGGAUAUUGCUGUUGCAAGAGUUUGACUUAGAGAUCCGAGACAAGAAGGGAAAGGAGAACCUUGUAGCUGAUCACCUCAGCAGAAUUCUGACCAAGAUGGAGACCUACCCCAUCAAUGAAAAAUUCCCUGAUGAGCACCUCUUUGCUGUCCAAGAAGAGGAACCAUGGUACGCUGAUAUUGUGAAUUUCCUUGUCACAGGAAAUGUACCUACUGAUUUGCCCAAGUACAAGAGAGACAAGAUCAAGAAAGAUGCAAGGUAUUAUGUGUGGGAUGAGCCCUACCUAUGGAAGCAUUGUGCAGACCAAGUCAUAAGGAGAUGCAUCCCAAAUCAUGAGAUAUGUGCAAGAUGCCAACAAACGGGAAAUAUUGGCAACCGAAGUGAAAUGCCACAAGCACCCAUCAUGGUGUGUGAAAUCUUUGACAUAUGGGGCAUUGACUUCAUGGGGCCAUUCCCACCUUCCUUUGGUAACACCUACAUACUUCUUGCUGUGGACUAUGUGUCCAAAUGGAUUGAGGCCAAGGCAACAAGGGCUGAUGAUGCAAAAACAGUGGUCGACUUUGUGAAAUCCCAUAUUUUCUCAAGAUUUGGUAUGCCCAAGGCCAUUAUCAGUGAUCGAGGCACCCAUUUUUGCAACAAGGUAGUAGAAACUCUCCUCAAGAAGCACCAUGUCAUCCAUAGAACCUCUACUGCCUAUCAUCCUCAAACAAAUGGGCUUGCCGAAGUGUCAAAUAGGGAGAUCAAGUCAAUUUUGGAGAAAAUAGUCUGCCCAAGUCGCAAGGACUGGAGUGUGCGCCUUAAUGAUGCUCUAUGGGCAUAUAGAACAGCCUAUAAAACCCCAAUUGGGAUGUCUCCAUAUAGGCUGAUUUAUGGGAAAGCUUGCCAUCUACCUGUGGAGCUUGAACACAAAGCCUAUUGGGCUGUAAAGAGCUGUAAUCUUGAUGAAAAAGAAGCUGGAGUCCACAGAAAAUUGCAAAUUCAAGAGCUCGAGGAGAUUCGACGUGAUGCAUACGAAGCUUCAUGGGAUUACAAAGCAAAGACUAAAGCCUUCCAUGACAAGAAUAUCUCCAGAAAAAACUUCCAGGUGGGUGAUAAGGUCUUGCUCUUUGAUUCCAGAUCCUACCCACCGGCGACAUCAAGAAGCACCAUGGCCCAUAGUAAGAUGAUGACCACCGGCGGCCCCGGAAUAUGGAGGCAACGCAGAAUGACUGGGCCCGUCCGCCUUCCCACUGACAGCGACGAGGAAGCAAUGGACAGCCCUCCAUCAGUACCCAACAACGACGGCGUCGACACUGGAGUGACAGUCGAAGCAAGAAACUCAGAAAGCCCAGUGGCGCAGACCUACCGCCGCUGGACUAGGUCGUCAUUGAAGGCACCACCGCCUCCUUCCCCACCAGUCGUGACGGACAUUCAAGAAGGCGAAACACCUCAAGAGACCACGCCUUCCACCACCAGUGGUCAGAAAAGACCCAGGACACCGUCACCACCACCGCCCGACACCGAGCAACAUUCAGACACCCCCAUUAGUACACCUCCCGCAAGCAAGGAAGGGGGCGAAUUACCCAGUGAUUUGCCCAAACCGUCACGCCUUGAUCACAUCAGCCAAGCGCUCACAUUCAACAAAGCCUCAGAAAGGGCCAGGCUUGCCAGAAUCUCGUCCCUACCACACCAUCCAGGUAAAUGCCUCCAUCAUAACACUCUUGCCACCCUGAGACUCCAUACCCAGGUACGCUCUUUAAUUACUGCCAUUGGUUGGAACAGGUUCUUCUACCUUCACCUCCCUUCUUUCACUGAACUCACACAAGAGUUCUACACUACAUUUUACUUUGAUAAGCAUGCAAUGCACAAUCUGUACACACAUGAUGUAAUUGGAUUCAGACUUUUGGGACAGCGAUUUCGCUUGUCCAUGCAUGAGUUUGGCGUUGCCAUGGGCUCUGAAUGCCUUGGAUCCACCUGGGAUUUUCCUACUGACUUCAAUCCCAGCAAUGCCUAUCUGGAGUUAUGUGAUAAUCCUCCAGAUUCUUACUUGCCCACCAGGUCCAAAGACCUGUACCUGAGGAACCCCAGCCUCAAAUACCUGCACAGAUUAUUGGCCUAUACCUUUUCUGGGAGAAAGGAUGCACCUAACAUCCUAACCAAAACAGAACUUUACAUUCUGUGGUGUAUGCACACACAACAGAAAAUUCACUUAGGAUAUUGGGUAGCAACACAAAUCUCAAGCAUCAUACAAUACAAUAGGCCACUGAUCUUUGGGCAUCUGAUCACUGCCAUAGCAGUGAAUCAGAAGCUGUUACACCCUGCCCAUACUGACCUCACCCCCACUGGUAAGCAAACUCCCCUGGACCUUCGAUCAUUGGAUGAUAUGGGGUUGCUACGCCAAGUGGGGGGCAUUUUUUCUCUUUCCCCUGCAGGACCCCUCACACCACGCCAUGAGCGUGUGUUCAGAAAAAGGAAAGCCAGUCAACCAUCCAUUUCUCAGCAUCCUUCACCUCAAGAAGCAACAGCAGAAGUGAGAGUCAAUGAACCAGCACAAGAAGCACUUCCAGAAGCACCACAGCAGGAACAGAAUCAAGUCCAUGAAGACGUAGCCCCUAACCAGUCAGUACAGGCUCGUCUCGACAGAAUUGAGACCAGAAUGCACAAUAUGGAGCACUUGCUUCAAAUACUGGUGAAUCACUUCCUGCCCACAGAACAACAAAGACAGUGA